UCCAACACCUUCAAGGUGGAGAAGUUUCACGGGCUCAUCCUUUUGAAGCAUCAUAAUCCUCUUGAGAUCAACGAAGAUAUGUUGUUGGAUGGCAUGGAGACUGCCCAGAAGUGGUUUCGCCGAGCUCAUUUGUAUGACCAACAAUAUACCGUUCCUCACAUCUACUGGGAUACUCUGCCUCGAGCCAGCGCCAGCCAAGUCCACCCUCACUUUCAUGUAGUUCUGGCCGACCAUUACUACGCCAGAUGGGCUCAUUUUCAAGCAGCCGCCAAGGAAUACGCUGCAAAACACAACGGCGAGAAUUAUUUUUCAGCUCUGAACAAAAUCUACAGUGCUUUGGGUCUUGCAGUCCAAUAUGGCAAUGCUACCGUUAUAGCAUAUUUGACUCCAAGCGCGUCUCACGAGAUCAUGCUGUUUAGCAAAGAGCCAUCUAAAGAUCUAUUCCAACUUCUGUUCUACUGUGUAGCAGCGUUAAGAGAUGACAUGGAACUGUAUGCAAUAAGUGCAGGGAUGGUGUUUCCAAAAUUGGUGAGUAGCGAGAAAGCGGAAAGAAAACGAGAAACUCCAAGCGCGUCUCACGAGAUCAUGCUGUUUAGCAAAGAGCCAUCUAAAGAUCUAUUCCAACUUCUGUUCUACUGUGUAGCAGCGUUAAGAGAUGACAUGGAACUGUAUGCAAUAAGUGCAGGGAUGGUGUUUCCAAAAUUGAUCCCUUCAGCCGAUGGAAGUGACCUUCCUACAAUAAUAAGACUUGUGUACCGUGGGCCAGCGGAAGCGAUGCGAGCGGACAUCGAUUCGCUUCAGUUAUUUGGAACGGUUAAUGUUAACAUUGAUCCAUACUUGGUCAUAAGUAACAUCAAGAAGUCUGUAGCCAAACGAAGAGGAAUUUAAAGAAAAAAGAGCAAUGACUCCCUUUUAUAAAACAGCCAUGAUCGGUCAACGGUCACGCUACUGUGCUCCGGUGGAAUCAUGGGAAAGUAACACGAAAGGAGGCCACUGGCCCACCCGACAUACCUAGCAGUCGUUCCGCAGACAUCACGAGCACGAGACUACCAGGACGCAUUGCGCGCUUGUAUUUGCCAAAAGAAGGAAUUCACAGCAGUUAUAUUCGAAGUUUCUUUCAACGUGGGAUCAAUUUCUAUUUUAAAAAGGAACAAAUUUUCAAUCUUCCAAUAUCGUCACCAUGAAAGACGUUCUACAAAAACGUCAAUUUUUGAAAGUAUUUUAAUUUGGCAGAAAAUUUUGCGUCUUUUAUUUGAAGGAGCGAUUGCUUGUAAAAAAGUUACAAUGCCACGCGUUGAGGGAUGAAAUCAGAAUUCAAAUAUCAAUGAACAUAAUAUAAUAUCAUGUGAAAAAGACACACACGAAAACAACGCCUUGUACAGACUUCAGACGAAAUUUAAUAGCACUUUAUAAUAAUAUAUCAUCAGAAAUUGAAAAAGCAAACAAGUUAGCGGAAAACAAACUGAAAAACAAACAAACAA